AUAUAUUGUGCGCGAACAGGUCACGUCGUCUCUGAUGCAGAACCGAACGUAACUGAGAGAUAGUGAAGAGACUUUUUGUGUCUAACACACUGUUAAGGAAUACCCUGCGGGUGUCAGAAGGGAUACAGUGCUGUUGUCUAAGUGUAUCCUGUUUGCGCUGUCUAAAAGUAUACACUUUUGUUGCCAACAGUGAGCAGUGAAACACUUGUGGCUUCUUUAUGGAUAUUCCGCUAUUGUCUAUGGAAAUGGUCUGAUGUUGUUUAAAGGAAUAUUCUGUUGUCGUUGAUAGGAUAUAGAGGAAAACACACGGCAGCAGAAGUUGAUUCCUGCAGUGGACCAACGGAACCAUGGAUAGAAAAUAUGUCAUAGCAAUUGCUGUAUGUGUGACUGUGAUAGUCGUCAUCAUCGUCAUCGUCGUUGUCGUCGUGUCUCUGUUAAUCAGACGUCGGAGGAGGGUUGUUCGUAGACAACGACCACGACCACAGAGCUCAGUUUCUGUUGAGAGCACCGUUCAAGUUAGGGCAGCAAAGAAUUAUCGAAUCAGCCGCGAUGACAUCGUGGAGAGAUCAGGAAAAGACGACUUGGAGCUGAAAGGCGUGACCAACAGCCCGACAGGGGAGGCAAUCACAGCUAUGUGUCCCCCGACACCUCCAGUUGGUGGAGCCGCUCCCCCGCGUCUCGAUCCCAUAUAACGCCAGGACAAUCUCACAACCAGCAUCUACUGCACAGCACCUGCACCAUCAACUACAUCAGGAAGUGCACAGACGUCAGAAAUUGAGAAUCGACACGCUACAAUGCCUUAAGAUUUGACGUCAACAAUGUAUAUCUUUUUGACUAUAUGCAGGUCUUCCUUUUAGGUUGACGUAAUUGAUGUAUACAUACGUAGUGCCCAUAUAGAAUAAACCGAUAAUGUAGAUGAUAAUGGGAUACAAGAGGAAAGGCUACAAUGCACCAAAGGAUGUUGUCGAGUUACAAUAAGGGAUGUGCCGAUGUGGUUUUGUAGUAGUUUUGUAAUUGGUGUAUCCCACACAGGUCUGUACAAAUGCAGCUUAUACAAUUUUAAAAUGAGUGUUUUUUUGUGUAUGCAUAAUCAGCAAUUUUCCUUCUGUAUCACGAUGGCCUGUUAUUACAUCAAGUCAAGGCAAACCAGUGAUUGAUAUCAUGAGCAACGUCCAACGCCGUCCGGUAUCAUCCCACGCAAUCGACUAGUCCAGUCUAGUCCUAUCCAUCCGACCCAUAUUUAGUCGUCUCAUACAACAAAAAACAAUAGAGUGCUGGGGACCUACCAGAAACCGUGUGACAAAAUCGAUUCUUUUUUUCAAGUUAGGACAAACGCACAGAUACAGUUUUAUGAGGAUCAUAUCACAAACAUUCAGUCAAAGCUGUGCAUCGCACAUAUGAAUACAACGUGUGCUGUUUGCAUUUGUUUCGCCAGUGAGGAAUAAAAUACAGUUCAUAUACUCUGCAAAAAAAGAAACGCAAAUGUAAAAAGAAAUCGUAAAAUUCUGUCACAGUGCUGCCGACAUCCAUACAAAAUUAUAUCAAACAUGAAUGUGUACAUUUCUGCAUGGAUUGGGAUUGAUUUGUGUGGAAAUUAGUGUGGAAUGAGGUACUGCAGACAUUUGGUGACAAGAUGGAAAAACGCAACCACGUGAGAGCCUGGUGCCGAAACACACCAAUAUGACAUGCACGUUCAACGUAACUCGUUUGGUAAUAAAAUCGUUGGGAUGCGUAAGAUAUCAGUCCAUACUGAGGAACUGUUUACGCGCUGAAGGUAUUCGCGCUAGAUGACCAGUUCGGGUGUCAUUUUGACGGAGCUGCAUCGUCGACUGCGACGUCAAGGUUUGAUGUGGUGGUGGAAUUGUGCCGAUGAGGGCAACCAUUUCCUGCACUGGUAGAAUCGACUUGGUGCAAGUUCCUCGGAACUUAACGGCACAGCGUUACAGUCAACAAAACUGACAACAGCCUCCCAUAGGAAUAACAACAUCCAGAUCCUGUCAAGGCCCUCCACGUCUCCAGUCGGACAUUUAUGAGAUGCACGGGAUCAACGACUGCAAGCACAUCAGCAACAACCACAGACCAUCCAACAGUUGGCACACGCACUGCAGGGAGAAUGGGUGAACAGUUCUCCAGGGCACAAUUCGGUAACUGAUUUCUUCCAUGGGACGGCGAUGCCAGUCAGUUUGGAGCCUGGUGGCCAUACAGGAUAUGUAGAACAGAUGACCUUGAACAUCUGCUGUUCCAUUUCUUCUAUAUGGAACAUAGGUCAAUGACAAUGAUAUGUGCCUAUUUUGAACAAUCGAUUACAAUAUGUUGAUUUUUAUAUGAUGCAUAAAAUAUCAAACCUU